GUGCGGAUGGAUCAGUCAGAAUGUUUGACCUUCGGCACCUUGAGCACUCCACAAUCAUCUAUGAGGACCCCGCACACACACCCCUGCUGCGUCUGGCCUGGAACAAGCAGGACCCCAACUACCUGGCAACUGUUGCUAUGGAUGCGUGUGAGGUGAUAAUUCUGGAUGUGCGUGUCCCUUGCACCCCAGUGGCACGGCUCAACAACCACCGGGCAUGCGUUAAUGGUAUUGCCUGGGCACCACAUUCCUCAGUCCAUAUCUGUACAGCAGGGGAUGACCACCAGGCUCUGAUAUGGGACGUGCAGCAAAUGCCACGCGCCAUUGAAGACCCAAUCCUGGCCUACACUGCAGCGGAGGGAGAGAUCAACCAGAUUCAGUGGGGGGCGACGCAGCCCGACUGGAUUGCUAUCUGCUACAACAAGUGUCUUGAGAUUUUACGAGUUGGUGUGACGAGACUGAGCAGGGGCUGUUAGGAGCACUCUUGGAUAGCUAGACCAGCCUGGCGAAGACAACUAUCCAUGGGACACAGAAGUAAGAUUUUUUUUUUUCUUUUUUUUUUUUUUUUUUUUUGUAUUCAUUCUUUCAUUCAUGUAUGAGUCAUGUAUUAGUACUCUUUUUUAUGGCAUCUAUAUUUUACAUUCCAAACAGAAUUUGUAAUUUUGUUUUUCUGUCAGUUUUUCCUUUGUUGAUCACCUGAGAGGAUGCCAGAAUCAGAGGCUGGUAAAGGGCCUAGAGGAAUCCUUGUUAUCAGGAUGCAGACUUUGGAAAAGCUGGGAGUUUGUUCAGUUAUUCCAGUGUUGUGUUUGCAUCUAUCGCAAUUUUACCUAAAACCUGCUAUCAAGGAUACAUCGUAUUACCUGAGGCACAGGUAUAGACCCAUAUUGUAAUGGGCAUUAAAUCCUCUUGACUGACACAGAACAUAUUGCUCACCUGAGAGUGGAAGGUACGUUGGUAUGGCUGUGUGUCGGUAACUACAAGGGUUUAUUUUUUAGGGUAUUGAGUAUGAGCUGUGAUCCUCACCAACCUGACUGCUGUAAAGACCUUUAUUAUAGAUUGCAUAAUAGAUUUCAACUCACUGAUCUGAAGAAAUAAACCAAUGGUAAUUUGUUAUAGCUUUUUUGAAGUUGUCAUACUUGUAUAUUUUGUUAGUUAAUUUAUUUCUUUUAAUAUUUUUUAAAAUUAUUUUUUCAAUUGUCAAUAAAUCUGUCUGUACAGUUACCUUUGUAUUGUAUUUGCUGUCAAAAUUGAGAAUUGUAUAUAGCUCAUGUAUAUGAGAUUAAAUGAUUAUUUUCUUGUUUAUAUUGAAUUGAAUCCUAGAUGUUAUUUUUGUUUGUUUAUUAAAC